CAGAAAGCUCCUGCACACAUAGCUGAUACGCCACCUACUGCAAAGCUGAGCUGACAGCGCAGGCGAUGCUGCCAGCGUUUCCAUUCCCUCGCCAGGCUGGGACUGAAUAAAGGCGUGUUUGUGUGGCAGUAUUCCUUUUUAAAAAAUCUCCAAGCCAAGAAGAACAAGCUGAAAUAGCAUCUUCAAAAAUGGAGCGUAAAAUAAACAGAAGAGAAAAAGAAAAGGAGUGCGAGGGGAAAUAUAACAGCCUGGAGGAUGCUGACCAAGGAAAGAACUGCAAAUCCACACUGAUGACCCUCAACGUUGGUGGAUAUCUAUACAUUACUCAAAAACAAACACUGACUAAGUACCCGGACACCUUCCUUGAAGGGAUAGUCAACGGAAAAAUCCUCUGCCCGUUCGACGCUGAUGGUCACUACUUCAUAGACAGGGAUGGGCUCCUCUUCAGGCACGUCCUAAACUUCCUACGAAAUGGAGAACUUCUAUUGCCCGAAGGGUUUCGAGAAAAUCAACUUCUUGCACAAGAGGCAGAAUUCUUUCAGCUCAAGGGAUUGGCUGAAGAAGUGAAAUCCAGGUGGGAGAAAGAACAGUUAACACCCCGGGAGACCACUUUCUUAGAAAUAACAGAUAACCAUGAUCGCUCGCAGGGACUGAGAAUCUUCUGCAAUGCUCCUGAUUUCAUAUCCAAAAUAAAAUCUCGCAUCGUGCUGGUGUCCAAAAGUAGGCUGGAUGGGUUUCCGGAGGAGUUUUCCAUAUCAUCAAACAUCAUUCAGUUCAAAUACUUCAUCAAGUCUGAAAAUGGCACUCGACUAGUACUAAAGGAAGACAACACCUUUGUCUGCACCUUGGAAACUCUAAAGUUUGAAGCUAUAAUGAUGGCUUUAAAGUGUGGUUUUAGAUUGCUGACCAGCCUGGAUUGUUCCAAAGGGUCAAUUGUUCACAGCGAUGCACUUCAUUUUAUCAAGUAAUUACCUGUGUCUUGGACAAAAGCAACAAGCAUGCAGCCAGCAAGCUUUGGAAAACCACAGCAUCCAAGGAAUCCCAAAUAACGUGUCCAGCUAGCUCUGAACUACAGAGCCCUGCUGCUAAUCAAUUACUGUGAGCUAACGGUAUGUAAAUCUUAUCGCUAAAGAUGUCCUUCUCCCGGGGGUAUUCCUGCUGUUCAGACUGGUUCACCUACACUGAAAACAGUAACCAAACACUGUAAAUAAAGAUGGAAUGCCUUUGCUAUUCGUUUGUUUUUCCUUAAGCUGUCUUUUAAUUAGAAUGUGUUGGGGACUUGCACAAAAUAAGCAUGUACAUGAUCUAUUGUUGAUUUAAGUAAAUGGUAAUAAAGUAUUUUCAGGGGCCAUAUGAUUUAAAAUCUUUUCUACUAAUCAGAAAAACCUACAGACAAAUUGAACUUGGUAAAAUUAACCGCUGAGGGCUAAAGAGAUGUGCAGAUCUAUCUAAAACAAACCUAUUUAUACUUAAGCACAAUGUACAUUGUAACAAAGUAAUGGGGCUACUGGUUUGAUUUUUAUUAGCAGGCACUAAGAGCCUAUUCAGAGUUUCUGUAUUUCAGACGAGGAUAUAGGCUGAAAUGGUAUUCUGCUAAAAAUUCCUAGAGAACUGCUUGAUGACAA